AUGGCUUCGGCUAUACACAUGGCGACUACAACAUUACGGGUGGAAGGAAUGACGUGUGGCGCAUGUACGUCCGCGGUGGAGAGCGCCUUCAAAAACAUUGAUGGCGCCGGCAACGUCUCUGUAAGCUUGGUCAUGGAAAGAGCGGUGGUUCAGCACAACCCGCAGGUACUGUCUCCAGAAAAGGUGCGAGAGAUGAUCGAGGAUCGAGGAUUUGAUGCCGAGGUGCUUGCCACCGACAUUCCCAAUUUCUCGGGAAAAGAGGAGGCACCUAGCGAGGGCAAGGUUGCUACGGGGCACAAUACGGCUAGUCUAUCCACUACGACGCUGGCAGUCGAGGGUAUGACUUGUGGUGCCUGUACCUCAGCUGUUGACGGUGGUUUCAAGAAUGUCCCAGGCAUCAAAUCAAUGAGCAUAUCGCUUCUUUCGGAACGCGCCGUCGUCGAACACGAUUCUUCCAUUAUUACACCCCAGGCGAUCGCGGGAAUAAUCGAAGAUAGAGGUUUUGGCGCCGAGGUUCUGAAGACCCAGCUUUCACCAUCACUGUCAAUCCAAGAGACCCAAUACCAAACAUCGAACGAGUCGCAAGUCGAUUUAACCAUAACCAAGUUAGCGAUCGAGGGUAUGACCUGCGGUGCAUGCACUUCGGCUGUCGAAGGGGGCUUCAAGGACGUGGAAGGGCUGGUGCAAUUCAACAUCAGUCUCUUAGCUGAACGGGCUGUAGUAGUUCACGAUUCAGCGAAGCUUUCACCUAAGCAGAUUACGGAGAUUAUUGAAGAUCGAGGUUUCGAUGCUAAGCUUUUAUCCUCACAACGUGGCUCGGCAGAGCAAUCGACAGCGACGCGGAACGUGCACUUAAGGGUUUAUGGUCUUCCCACUUCGUCCUCUGCCACUGCUCUUGAAGAUGCCUUACGUCUACUUCCUGGUGUCUCUUCCGCUGUGGUGCAUCUUGCGACGUCCCGAGUCAAUGUGACUCACAAUCCUUCCUUGACCGGUCUUCGAGUACUGGUGGAGGCUAUAGAGAAAUUAGGAUACAAUGCCCUUCUAGCAGACGCUGAUGACAACAAUGCACAGCUUGAGUCAUUAGCAAAGACCCGCGAAAUACAAGAAUGGCGGCGGGCUUUCUGGUACUCGCUUUCUUUCGCCAUUCCGGUCUUCCUGAUAAGUAUGUUCAUACCUAUGAUCAUUCCGCGACUGGACUUUGGCUCAAUACUGCUCUGGAUACCCGGGCUAUACCUUGGCGACGUCAUUUGCCUUAUUCUCACUAUACCUGUUCAAUUUGGGAUUGGCAAACGCUUCUACAUCUCUUCCUACAAAUCUUUGAAGCACGGUUCGCCAACCAUGGAUGUACUUGUCACUUUAGGCACUUCCGCCGCUUUUUUUUUCAGCAUCGCAGCAAUGAUUGUGUCUGUCUUGAUUCCUCCACAUACCCGUCCCAGCACAGUGUUUGAGACGAGUACCAUGCUCAUAACGUUCAUCACUCUGGGCCGUUAUCUAGAAAAUCGAGCAAAGGGCCAAACUUCAAAAGCGCUUUCAAGAUUGAUGUCUUUAGCACCUUCAAUGGCUACGAUCUACGCGGAUCCUAUCGCUGCAGAGAAGGCGGCAGAAGACUGGGAUGCUGCUGCACCCAGUGGUCUUGCAGAGAAGAAGGGUCCGAUUCCUCACGAUCAAUCUAGCAAUGCAGCUGAGGAAAAGAUCAUUCCCACAGAGUUGAUCGAAGUUGGGGACAUCGUGGUCUUGCGUCCUGGCGGCCAAGUCCCAGCUGAUGGCACAGUCACUCGGGGUCAAAGCUAUCUCGAUGAAAGCAUGGUUACUGGUGAAGCCGUCGAGAUCUUGAAAAGGCCGGGGAGCGAUCUCAUGGCAGGAACUGUCAAUGGCGCGGGUCGGAUUGACUUUCGAGUAACCCGAGCAGGCCGGGACACGCAGUUGAGUCAGAUUGUCAAGCUAGUCCAGGAGGCCCAAACCAGUCGUGCGCCAAUCCAGCGUAUGGCUGAUAUCGUUGCGGGCUACUUUGUACCCACAAUCAUCACUCUUGGAUUAUUGACCUUCAUCUCCUGGAUGGUCCUGAGUCAUGUGCUGCCACCAUCCGCAUGUCCAGAAGUUUUCCUCAAACCUGAGAGCGGUGGCAAGUUCAUGGUCUGUCUUAAGCUUUGUAUCUCUGUGAUCGUCUUUGCGUGUCCUUGUGCCCUUGGUCUUAGCACUCCGACGGCCGUCAUGGUGGGUACAGGAAUUGGGGCGGAGCAAGGAAUUUUGGUCAAAGGAGGUGCUGCUCUCGAGAUAGCUACCAAAGUCACCCAUGUCGUUUUCGAUAAAACAGGAACUCUGACUAUGGGGAAGAUGAGCGUUCCAGAAGUCCAGCUUGAGCAGAUCUGGGAGGCAAACGACUGGCGGCGAAAGCUGUGGUGGUCAUUAGUUGGCUUGGCGGAAAUGGGGAGCGAACAUCCUAUUGGCAGGGCCAUCCUCGACACCGCGAAGCUGGAGUUGAACAUAGGAAGCGAAGGCAUGAUUGAUGGCAGUGUCGGAGAUUUUGAAGCAACUGUUGGCAAAGGUAUUUGCGCCGUCGUCGAACCGGCCACCUCCGCUAUUCCAAAACGUUAUGGAGUACACGUGGGCAACUCGUCCUACCUCAGUUCUCGAGGCAUCAUCUUGCCUGCUGAUCUUGUCGCCACCUCCCCAACAAACUCCGAUCCUGGAACCUCCAAAGCACCACCGUCAGGUACCACCCAGAUAUAUGUUGCCAUCGACAAUGCCUACGCAGGCGUUCUUUCCCUUUCCGACACGAUCAAGCCGAGCGCAGCCGCCACGAUAACAGCCCUGAAUCGCAUGAACAUUACGAGUUCCCUUGUUACUGGAGACCAAUACUCUACUGCUGCCGCUGUCGCUACUCGGGUUGGCAUUCCGAAGGUCAACAUCCAUGCUGGCGUCUCUCCCGAUCAGAAGCAGAAGAUCAUCCAAAAAAUUCAAGAGCAAGGUACAAUUGUUGCCAUGGUGGGUGACGGGAUCAAUGACUCGCCUGCUCUUGCGACAGCCAACAUUGGCAUUGCUUUAAGCUCAGGCACGGACGUCGCUAUGGAAGCGGCUGACAUCGUGCUCAUGCGCCCAGAAGACAUGCUCAGUGUCACAGCUUCCUUGAGUCUUUCUCGUACGAUAUUCAACCGCAUCAAGCUGAAUCUGAUGUGGGCGUGUCUGUACAACUUGAUUGGACUACCCUUUGCAAUGGGUGUCGGGCUGGUGCUGCCUGGUCAUAUCAUGAUGCCCCCUAUGGCUGCGGGUGCCGCGAUGGCCGCUAGCAGCGUCAGUGUAGUAGGCAGCAGUCUACUCCUGAAAUUCUGGAAGAGGCCUGGAUGGAUGACCGUGGAGAAACUUGAGGCGGAAGGCCAGAAGAGCGAGUCGUUGAAGGGAAUGAGCAUGACGAAUGACAGAGGAUUGAAAGAUCGAUUUGGCAUGAGGUGGGUUGAAGGCUUGACAACCCGCAUUUUCGGAGUCCGGGGUAAGAUGGAUGAUGGGUACCUACCCUUGCAAGACAUUGAGGCUGUAUAA